AUGGCGGACCAAGAGCUUCGCAGACGUCGUGUUGGACAAGAAGCAACGGAAAUCCGGAAGAAACAUCGAGCCGAGCGCAUCUACAAAAUCGAAAAGAAAACAGAGCCUAUGAGCUGGACUUGCUGGGCACUCAUCGUUUUCUCAUUCAUCGGAAUCAUCUUGUUUCUGAUCGAAGCUUUCAGCGGAUUCAAGCGCAUCAAAAAAUUGAUCUAG